AUGUCACGCAAGAAUAAACAAGUGUCGCAAAUUACAGGGAGAAAUCAAGGGCCAUCACAACAGAAUGAUGACCAACAACGAACACGGCAUAACUCCACCAGUUUGGACUUGGCACAAACCGCCCUGGCAUCACCUUUGAGUAAUUCUGCAAACUUCGAGGCUUUUGAUUGCUUUAGUACUGGUACUGGCAGUGCUGCUGAUGCCGGGCUCUUCGGGGACUCAACCAUUGAGCCCGAUAGGUCACAUGACUUCCAAUCAGGUCUGAACUUUGACUUCAAUAUGGAUCACAUGACGCUCGACUUAAUAGACAUGGACGGCGAUUCAACCAUACACGCAAGCGGGGGGGCACCACCACAGUUCCGUCCUAGCCCAGAAUGCUCGAGCUCAUCAGUAGCUGUAUCCUUGGAAUCUGCUACAAAAAAGAUCCAGUUCGAUGGUCGCCAAUUUCCUCAUGUCGCGGCAUUGUCCAAGAUCAUACUCAUACUCGAACACCAUGUCCGGUCCAAAACGCAUUCCAUCGACGAAAUUCUGCGCGUUAAUAAAGCAUGUUUGACAGAUCUAGCCACUAUAAUGGACCAGGAAGAGUACAAAGCUUGUCGCAGCUGUCACAUGACUGUAUGUUCAGUGUUGGAUCUCAUACUGGUACUAUUUGAAGACAUGGUUCAAGGUCAGGCGUGGAGUCAUCAACAAAAUUCAGCAAUCACUUCGCCAGUUUUGCAGUUUGGUGUGUUUGAACUGGACCCUGAAGAGCAGAUUUCGAUGACGAAACGGAUACUCCAUAAGGAGAUACAGCGAGCUUUGAAGAUUGUUUAUGAAUUGUCUGAGGAGGUUUGUGGAACUGGAGAGAAUGGGCAAAAGAGGCUCGUUGCUCAGAUGUGCACAUUGUUUGUUCGCAGGGGUGAACAUCUUACAAAGACUCUACUUAGUGGUGACUAA